GAACCACAUGAAAAAAUUACUUUAAAGAAUGGUGUGAUAAAAAUUGAAUGAAAAUUUUCGUAGAAAAUGUUGACACGGAAAGUUGAUUGAAGAAGAAGGAAACACGUGAAAGUUGAAGAGUUUUAAUCUCGUGGUGGCCAACAUCUUAAUCAAGAAGGAAUUACGAAUAACUGAUAUUUUGACGACACCAGCAAAUCAGGCCAAAUUUUAUUGGAGUGAGAACUCUGAAAUCUGAAUCCCAAAACAAACAAACAAAGCCUCUCUCAAUUCCGAAUCGAGUCCAACCAAACUCCCAACAAAUGGACUCGGUUCUCUUCCACUCCCAUCUCCACACUCUCCCUCCGCUUUCCUCCGCCGUUCACCGUCCUCUCUUCCAGCCUCCCACCGCCGCUGCUUUCCCCCGCUCUUCCCCUUUCCGGAGACUCUGUCCCCCGCCGCUUCUCGCCGCCAACACCCUCACCGCUAAUUCAGUCUCGCCAAGAAAUGGACUGUACACUGUUGGUGACUUUAUGACAAGGAAAGAGGACUUAUAUGUGGUGAAACCCACAACUUCUGUGGAUGAAGCUUUGGAUAUUCUUGUUGAGAAAAGGAUAACUGGUUUUCCUGUGAUAGAUGAUAACUGGAAACUGGUUGGUGUUGUUUCAGAUUAUGACUUGUUAGCACUUGACUCUAUAUCAGGUCAUGGGCUAAAGGAUAACAGCAUGUUUCCAGAAGUUGAUAGUACUUGGAAAACUUUUAACGAGAUUCAAAAGCUGCUCAGUAAGACCAACGGAAAAUUGAUUGGUGAAUUGAUGACCACUGCCCCUAUGGUUGUUCGUGAGACCACGAAUCUCGAGGAUGCUGCGAGGUUGUUGCUAGAAACCAAAUUUCGACGCCUUCCAGUUGUAGAUGCUGAGGGUAGACUGGUUGGGAUUAUCACAAGAGGAAAUGUGGUAAGAGCCGCACUGCAAGUGAAACGAGCAAAUCAGAAUAAAGCAUGAUAGGAUUUAGAUGGUCAUUCCAUUAUUUGUUGCUGGAUCGAAGUGUUCACAGAAGCUUCGCUUAAAUUAAAAAUGAAAAUUUUGGCUUAGGCAUGUAUAUGUUAUUGUUUUGCUAUUUACACAGAUGUUUGGCAAUAUUUCAAAAGGGCAAUUAUUAUUCUUAAUGAUCUCAUUGUAAUUCAUAUCGGCCGCCUUGGUGAUAAUGAUGUUGAAAAUGUUGUAAAAUGGCAUAGGAAUUUCAACCGGCAUUAAUCUACCGCCAUACUUACCACGUCUGUUAGUAGUUGAGCCGAAGCGAUGACUGGUCUUGGUCCGUCACUGUAAUAAAACUCAUGACUAGAUGUUUGAUCAGAACAGUUGGCAAUAAAAGGUCAUCUUGUUCA